UCCACAUUUCUUCUUCUUCACCCCACCCACCCACAUUUCCAAGAAAAAACAUCGUUUUCCUUCACGCCUAGUUCACACUCACUCUCUUUUUUACAAAACCUUUAUCCAUUCAUCCACCGGCAACCUGCUAAACCACACUUCCUUCCAUCCUCUUCAAACCCAUUUCUUCGCUUUACCUUCUCUGUAAACAACCGGUUGCCGGUUAACCACCCGUUAACUUAAAACACUGAAAAAGCCCAGAGAUUCAUUUACACAAACAAAACAACUUGCAGACAUUAAGUUAUACGCACAGACACAUGAAUGGUGGUCUUAGCAAGCUCGGGACUGCGCUCACUGUAGUGUUUGCGGCCAUUCUAGCAGCCCUAGCAGCCCAGCUCUUCUUCCUCCUCUGGCGCCGGCGGAAGUCUCCGUCUCAGACCCGGAUCGGGCCCCACGAAAACCCGCCUCGCUCACAGCACCACAGCAGCGUCGACGUUGACGUGGACGAAGUGUUCAAGUGGCAGCAGGCACUGUACGGGGUGUCGUCAAGGGUUUUGUUCACGAUCGAGGAGGAGGAGGAGAGAAGGGUGCUGGACUCCGCCGAGACGACGACGCAAUCGUCGUGCUCGGAGAAAGAGGUGAAGACGGCGACGACGGUGGUGCUGGACGUAGCUGUGACGGUGAUGAGUGUAGAGGUGGACGACGGGCCUACGCCGUUUUCGACUCCUUGUGCUUCGCCGCCGUACUAUACUCCGUCGCCUUCUCCCGGUCGCGAGACUUGUAGCGUGUGAUAAAGAAGCUCGUUUUAAUUUGUGGGGCUGGGUAGAGUCCUGGGCUUGGAUUGUUGUCGGGUCAAGCGAUGAUCUUGACAGGAGAUGAUAUUUCCAUGUGAUGUUAGCAAGCACAGCAUUGGACGAUGGUGUUUUACUGGUUUUUAAUUUUUUUUAACUUUAAAUAAAUGCGGUUGCAUCGCAAUGUAGAGGUUUAGGUGAUCAUUGAUUGCUGAUGCUUUUAGUACAAAAAUGGAUGGAAAGCAAAAGUAUGCGACUCUGUAUAUGCGUUAUUUAAGCAAUGAAUAGACGUUGGUGUAAAUACCUGUAGUUUUGCUCUCAUCUCAGAUCAAAAUUUACAAAUUUUUUGG